AUGGGCAGCGCGUUUGCGGCGAAGAUCAGCGAACCGCUGGCGGAGAUGAACACGCAGUACGCGAAGGUGAAGGGCGAGCUGACGGGAUCGAGCGAGGUGCGGAAGCCGCGCGCGACGGCGAGUGUGGGGAGCGAGUUGGCGCCAAGUGACUUGGUGCGCCGGCGGCGCAAAGUCGUAGCCAAGUUGAACAUUGCGGUUGAGGAAGAGAAGACGGCGAAGGAGAGCCGUGAGGAUCUGAUGGAGCGUUUCGGCGACAACCUGCAGACGGACUUGUUGCAGAAAAUCGAGGAGCGGAUCCGGCGCGCAGUCAGCAUGCGCAAAAAGGCUGAGCGCAACCUGCAGGAACUUGAAGCCGAACUGACCGGGGAGGAGCAGCCCGAGGACGACCCCGGCGGCGGCGGGGGACCGGAGCUGACGCCCGAGAAGGUCAAGGUUUUGGAACGCGCGGAGGUGGCGCGUGUGCAGCGCACGCUCGACUGCGUACGCCUCGGCGCGCGACUCUACUUCACUUUCGUGAGUUCGGCGGGGCCGCUGUUGGCCACACUGUGCGACUCGUGCGACGCAUACUCGCCCCAAUACGACCUCGCACUCUGGCUGAAUCGCGUAACGGGCGCCAACACACCCAUGACGGUCACCGACGACCGCAAAUUUGCACUCGCCGAAAGCGACCUGUUGUGGCUGCGCCAGCAGCAGAGCGGUUCCGGCGCCGACGAGCUACGCGCGCAAGUGCUCGCACUCAAAGACGGCCUGAAACAAAAGGAACUCGAAAUCAGGGAACUCAAAAAGAAGGAACAGGAUUUUCGCAAACGGGAAUGGGCAAGCGGCCGCGACGGUGACGUCCAGGCCACUCGCGACGCCGAGACAGCUGACGGCGGAGCUAAUGCUGCGUUCCCCAAACUUCAGCUUCAACUACGUGACCAAGAUCGAGACCGGGACCGGCAGCGAGAUCGCGAAAGAGAGCGAGAUGGGGAGAGAGAACGGGCUCGGGAGAGAGAGCGAGAGAAGGGGAGGGAGCGUGAGGAGAGGGAGCGAGAGGAGAGGGAGCGAGAGCGAGACCGCGGGGGGCCCGGGAGUUGGGAGCAGCGUUCGGAUUCGAACCCGUCCGGUUCAAACGCGUCGGGUUCUGAGUUGUCGGGUUUGGAGCGUGCGUCUUCUUCCUUAUCUGAGGAGGAACGGCGCGGUGGUCGCGGCGGCGGUGGCGGUUUGUUGAAGCGGAUGGCCACGGCGAUUACGGGUCGGCAAGCAGUGGCAUCGGCGAGCGACGAGGAGGUGAGUGUGAGUUCUGCAAGUUGGGACAAUCCGCAAGAAGAUCCAGAUGAGGACGAGGAGGAGUUCCGUUUGCGGGACUACAUUCCGUCUUUGGGAGAGCGGCUGCGUAUUAACUGGCCGCCGGGUACCCGCUUCCCGGACAAGGUGUUGGAAGUGCAGCGGCGUGUUGAAGAAUAUUUGUGGAGUUUGCGCAAUCUGUGCGUGGAUGACUUGGCCCGACUGGGACAGUGGGACGAUCCGUACUACGUGAAGCCGUUGGACUACGAGUACGGUUUCCAGGCUUAUGUGCACAAGUUACCGCGGAAUACGCUCUUCACGGUCUUCAAUUCAGUGGCAGUUCCGCGUGCACUCGAGUGGGGCAGCACAUACCUGUCGAGUGCACAGUGGACGCUCUUUAGCUACGAAACCUUCGUGCUAGCGCUUCAAGUCGACCAACGCAUCCUGCAGGCCCGGGAACUCACAACUCUCCCAUUACGCGAUGUGGCCGCCCUUGCACCCGAUCUUCUAGACGCAGCAGAUGCCGAUGCCGGUCGCAGUGGCGAUCUACAGGGUCGCCGCGGCGGCGACCUGCAAGGACGUGGGGCCGACCCACGCCAGAACAAAGCCGUCCAGGUACUGCUGCACAAUCUCGGCAACAUGAAGAAGGUGCUCCGUCAGUGGCGCAUCCGAAUGGGUUUGACCGCGCGCGAAAACGCCGUGCUCAAUACACUUCUCUUGCCGUCACAGGGUGAAAAUGACAUCUCGCAUUCACCUCUAGAUGUCCGAUACCGACUGCACCGUCUCCUCACGAGCUGGAUCUACGUCGACCAACAUGGACGCGACCCACUCGUGCGCGAAUGGGUGUUCCGUAACCUGCACUUCGUGCGCUGCAACAUACUCAUGAAAAUGCAGCGCCUUUGUCGCUUCCUGCCGCAACUCGAAGGCCAGGCUCCUAAACUCACUUAA